AUGUCAACUUCACGGCCGGUCCCGGCAAGCAGUGAUAAGAUCGCUGCCUUCAAAUCGCGUAUCAAGACUCUAGGUCGCCUGCCCUUCAAGAUCAAAGAUUUGCCACCAACUCCAACCGAGUCCUACCUGUGUGAUUUCUGUGCGAAGCUUGAUCUGAGAGUCGAGUCAUUUGUUGUCCAGCCGGGCGACAACGAGCAUGAAAGGGAAAACAGGUUCCGAUGGCUGGGCAAGCUGUCCUACAUCCAGCAGCGCUUGCACUGUCCACUAUGCCGACUUGUGCUCAGUACAGCAGAUCGUCCGCUGGACCAACGAAACCCGAGUCACAUAGCAGAUGAAGACCCUGCCGUCUACGCGAGAUGGGUCGUUGACGGCCAGGAGGAAGAGCCACACCCUGCGAGGGAGGGCUCUAGUGUGUUUCGUCCGAGAACGAGGCGAAUUCUCAUCUACUCGGAUCCGCAGACUUUCAAAGACGGCUAUCUGGUUUUGCUCGGCGAUGAUGCACCGUCGCGACCGUACUUUGGCCGGAUGCUCACCACACAAGGCCAACUUGACGCGGCAAUGCUCAAGCAAUGGCUCAAAAGCUGUGAGACUCUGCAUGGACCUGAGUGCGACGUGUCUCUUGUGCCAGCCGCACUCCUCGCAAAGCGGAUAGGCAUAUUUCGAGCGAUUGACGUCGAUCAGAUGUGCAUAGUUGAGCCGCCCGAAGAUGCUCGCUUCAUUGCUCUGAGCUAUCUCUGGGGCAGGAAUUUUGCCCAACUAUUCACCACUAGCGAAAAUCUUGCCAGGCUCUCAACCCCUGGUGCUUUGGCAAAGGAAAAGCUUCCGAGAACGAUCAAGGAUACAAUCCUGCUUACGAGAAUGCUCGGCGAGAAGUACCUCUGGACAGACAGCCUGGCUUUGAUACAUGAUCCAGGCUUCCAAUACCACGACGACUGGGUAUACGCUCGAGCCAGUCUGACAGUGGCCGCGGCUCUGGCAAAGAUGCCAAUGCAGGCCUGCCAGGAGUCCGCAAAGAGUCAAGAGCAUUCCAUCAAGAUGUUGAAGAGGUCGUACCUGGGCUAA